UGACCUGCUGCAGAGCGAAUACAUCCACACCCAGAACUUUGAUUUUUAAUCUUUGCUGCUACUCUUAACCCAAACAGAAUGGGAUCCUUUAAGCUGGCCCUGCUGCUGGUCUUUGUGUCCUGCGUUGAACGCAGUCUGUCUGCCUCCUGCAUUGUAGAUAGUUUCUCAGUCAAAGAAGACUUUGAUCCAAAGAGAUAUGCUGGGAAGUGGUAUGCUCUGCAGAAGAAAGACCCAGAGGGGCUGUUCCUGCAGGACAACAUCUCCGCUGAGUACACCAUUGACGAUGAUGGCUCCAUGACUGCCUCUUCUAGGGGACGGGUCACCCUGUUUGGCUUUUGGGUUGUCUGCGCUGACAUGGCUGCUCAGUACUCUGUACCUGAUCCUGCCACCCCUGGCAAGAUGUUCAUGAACUACCAGGGCCUGGCCAGCUACCUCUCAAGCGGAGGCGACAACUACUGGGUGAUCGACACCGACUAUGACAACUAUGCCAUCACCUAUGCCUGCCGCUCCCUGAAAGACGACGGCAGCUGCGAGGAUGGCUAUGCCCUUGUGUUCUCCAGGAACCCCCGUGGCCUGCCUCCAGCAAUUCAGCGCGUCGUCCGUCAGAAACAGGAGGAAAUCUGCAUGGCCGGACAGUUCCAGCCCGUUCUGCAGUCUGGGGCCUGCUGAGCAGAAUCCAAGAAAGAGAAACGGGGAGGAGAAGCAAGUGCCAGUCAGAUGCUGUCUUUGUGAAUAGAAAGCAAGCAGAGGGAAAAACCUGAGAGCAUGUUUGUGUGGUUAAUCUAUGACAGUGAUGGAGUUGAAAAAUGCAAAGAAAUUGACAAAAGAAGAAUAUUUCUCUUCUUCAUCUUUUUAUGAAUUUUUCUUUGACCUUCACAUAUCCAUGUAUUAUUAGUAUUAUGAUUAGUAUUUUGGCCAGAUUUCUCUUGAAACAGAGAUGCAAUCUCAAUGAGACAAUCCUGGUUAAAUAAAGGCUAUAUACAGACAUAAAUACAUACAUACAAAAGAAAAAUUUUACUUUGCAUUAAUGUUUCUGACUGAAUGUGACAAAAAAAAUAAAGAUUUUUUUUUUACACAAAAUGCUUCAAGAUUUUAUUUAUUAAUUAGAAAUUUAAAUGAAUAAAUUGGAUUGCAACCGUGUUUUGGUAAAUUCCAAGUACAUAAAUCUCGACACUUGCAAAAAAAUAAAAAAAUUAAAUAAUAUAGUUUUUUCUGACAAAUAAAACAUAGUUUUAGAACAACUUUUGGAUAUGUCCAAAUCUGUUUUAUAGAACUUGAUCUUUGUUUUUGGUUUAUAUUCAUGAUAAAGCACAUACAUUAUGCUGUCAAACGUAGAUGUUUAUUUUUGGCAAGAAAUGAGGUGGACAUCUGCAAAAAGAUAAGACAAUGUAAAAGGAGAGUUAAUCUUGAAAUAAUAAAACAUUUUUAUUUUCAUUUCUCUGAGAAAAA